AUGGAAGCAGAUAGACAGACUGAAGAAACUGCGCUGCUCUCAAGUGGUAGUGAAAGUACUGGGUCCAAGAAUUUUGACUCACUCGAACAGAAAUGUCAUAACCACAAUAUGGGCCUAAGCAAAGCGCCCAUUUUGAUAUCGCUCUGGCUUGGAUCAUUUUUGGUAUCAAUUGAUGGAACUGUGGUGGCCAACAUUACCAACGCUAUAGCUGCCGAGUUUCAAGAGUCCGACAGGAAACAAUGGAUCGCAACUAGUUUUCUGCUAACUAACACGGCUUUUCAAUGUUUGUAUGGUAAAUUGUCGGAUAUCUCAGGAAGAAAAUUCGCUCUAUUGACAGCACAACUUUUCUUUGGAUUGGGUUGCUUGCUGACUUGUUUUGCUCGCAAUGUGACUGAAUUCUCGUUGGCACGAGCAGUGUGUGGUAUCGGCGGUGGUGGAAUCAGUGCCAUGAGCAGCAUUACUGUUAGUGAUAUUUGCACGGCAAAAGAACGAGGCAUGUACCAAGGCUACGCCAAUAUCGUGUUUGGAACUGGCCAGCUUUUAGGAGCUCCAUUGGGAGGGUUUUUGAUCACAACUGUAGGUUGGAAACCCAUUUUUGCAGUCCAGGUUCCAAUGGUUAUUCUGUGCAUGAUUUUGGCUCAUCGCAACGUGAACAUCGAACUUGCUCACUUGAAACCCCAUAAUGAGCGGUUCUCGUUCGAAAAUCUUUCAAGACUGGACUUGAUCGGAUCUGCCUCGUUAGUGGCCUCUAUUGGAGGGCUCCUGGUUUUGUUUUCGAGCAAUCUUGACAAAAAGGCAGUCAUGGUGUGCACUGCGUUGAGCUUUGCUCUGUUCGCCUACAAUGAAAAGUACUGGGCUCGUGAGCGCAUCAUUCCAUUUGAGCUGUUGCGAGGAAACUUCGGGUUGACGUCUUUGGUCACCGUCGCAUCAACUUUUGUCAUGUACGGGGACAUCUUUAAAUCGCCAAUCUACCUCCAAUUGGUUCAAAACAUUUCGAUUGCUAAGAGUGGAGUCUUUAUUUUGUUUGGAUCCGCAGCCACCGCAAGUGCGUCACUUGUUACUGGAUACAUAACGCGGCAUACUAAGAUGGACCUUGCUAAAUGCUCCUUUUUGAUAAUCCUAGCUGCCGUUGUUCUGCAAUUGGUCAGUACGGUACUGAGUACUGUACUGGUGGCCACUUUGGAGCCAGUACAGACUUCAUAUGCCGACCACCAAGGUGAACCUGCAAAGAUCUUGAGGCUCGAAUCCAACGGAUUUCUUUGGAAGUGCUUAUAUGUCUUGGCAACGGUCCUCAAUAGCUUCGGGUAUGGCAGCUUACUAGUUUCAGUUCUGGUGAGCAUUGUGUUCACGGUGCCCAAGUCACAACAGGCAACACUCACGGGCAUUUUCUACCUGUGGCGAUCCAUUGGCGGCGUUUUGGGAACGUCAAUAACACUAACCACAUAUGAUACAACCCUCAAAUCCAAAUUGUGGUCCUACAUGAGCACACAUGGCCUAUCAGAGUUUUACUCAAGACUACUGCGGGACUCCGGGUAUUUGCGAGCGCAUUUUUCGGGCAAGGUACUUGAUUCUCUUUUGACGAUCUACCGCGAGUGUUUUGCGUGGUCUUUCGGCCCUAACCUCAUGCUAGGAACUAUUUCGUUUGUGCUGGGACUUAUUCUGGUAAUCGCGUCGCGGAAACCUGAGCAUUAG